AUGACUUCCACUGUCACGAUUCCCGCAAAGCCUGGCCCCGUGUCAUUCGACUUGACGAAAACAGCGCUAAUCAUUAUUGAUAUGCAAAAGGACUUUUUGGAAAAGGGUGGUUUUGGAGAGUCGCUUGGAAACGACGUUGGCAAACUUUUUAAAGCAGUUGCUCCCUGCAAGGCCGUUUUGGACGCUUGUCGUAACCAAGAUGAUGUAUUGAUUAUUCACACGCGAGAAGGACACCGACCACAAGAAGUGUGCAUUUCCAAACACAAACUCUCGCAAACCAAUAAUUGCAUAGGCAAAGCUGGUGCCUUUGGACGAAUAUUGAUUCGAGGCGAAAAGGGACACGACAUUAUUCCACAGGUGUACCCACUAGAAUCUGAAGUCGUCUUGGACAAACCAGGCAAAGGUUCCUUCUUCGCAACCGACUUGGAAUUGAUUUUACGAGCUCAGAACAUUGAGAAUUUGAUCGUUUGUGGAGUCACUACCGAGGUAUGUGUCCAUACAACGGUUCGAGAAGCCAAUGAUCGUGGAUUCCAUUGCCUCGUUAUUGAAGAUGCCUGCGCCUCGUACAUUGAUGAGUUUCAUGCCGCUGCUAUAAAAAUGGUUUGGGCACAAGGAGGCAUUUUUGGAAAUGUUGCUUCCUCCGAAGAAUUGAUAAAGGCGCUGCAAGCCUGA